CAAAAUAUCUUUUCCUAUUAACACAAGGACAAAAUUAUCCAUUUGCCUAAACAGACCCUCAUGCCCAUGUGAGAUCAAUCAAUGCCCCCAUCAUCUUCCUUCCUCUUCUGCUAGUUUCUUUGAGAAAUACAUAUAUAUAUACACACCUAUAUAUAUAGUCAAGGCCUCAAGGGGUAUUAAAACCCCCCUUUUUUUUUCUCAUCUGGGUUCCUUUCAAAUCAUACAAAAAAAUCAUUCACUUUGUAAUCAUACCAAAAUCUGUAGAAUUUUGAGAUCAAGAUUGUGUUUUUUCAGUAAAGAUCAAAACUUUCUUCAAGAAACUUUGUGGGGUUUUCAAGAUUGUUAAAAAAAUCCAUUAAAGAUUUGAUCUUGAUCCAAGAUCCUGUCUGGAACUUUCUGAAUUUUGUGAUUUUAGUGAACUGAAGGAAAAAAAAGUUGUAAAUUUAAGUGGAAAAAAGAAAGAUGGGAAGUAGUAGCAGUGAUCACAAGACUAUUGUUUGGUUUAGAAGGGAUUUAAGGAUAGAAGAUAAUCCUGCACUUUCUGCAGCAGCAAGAGAUGGUUCUGUUUUUGCAGUGUUUAUCUGGUGUCCAAAAGAAGAACAACAGUUUUAUCCGGGUCGGGUUUCGAGAUGGUGGUUAAAGCAAUCUUUGAUCCAACUAGGACAGUCUUUAAAGUCACUUGGUGUUGAUCUUGUUUUGAUGAAUGCUCAGAGUACUAUUUCAGCUCUUAUUGAAUGUAUUUCUGCUAUUGGUGCAAAUAAAGUAGUGUAUAAUCAACUCUAUGAUCCUGUUUCACUUGUUCGAGAUCACAACGUAAAAGUAAAGCUUGGGGAGCUUGGUGUUCCUGUUCAAACCUACAAUGCUGACUUGUUGUAUGAACCAUGGGAAGUAUACAAUGACGAAGGCUAUGCUUUUACAACCUUUAAUGCAUAUUGGGAAAAAUGCUUGAAAAUGCAGAAGGACCCUGUUACACGUCUUCCUCCAUGUCGAAUAGUGCAAGCCACAGGAUCCGUGGAGGAUUGUGCAAUCGAGAAACUUGGUCUUGAAGAUGAAUCAGAGAAACCAAGUAAUGCAUUACUAGGACGAGGGUGGUCACCAGGUUGGGUAAAUGCUGACAAAGCUCUUACCAUAUUCAUAGAAAACCAUCUUUGUGAUUAUGCAAACAAUAGACAAAAAGUGACCGAAAAUUCAACAUCAAUUCUAUCUCCAUAUAUUCAUUUUGGUGAAAUCAGUGUUCGGAAACUUUUCCAUAGCGCAACAAUGAAGCAGAUUUUAUGGACAAAAGAAGGAAACCAUCAUGGAGAAGAAAGUGUAGCUUGUUUUCUCAGAUCUAUCGGGCUUAGAGAAUAUUCACGUUAUAUUUGUUUUAAUUUCCCAUUCACUCACAAAAGAUCACUUCUAGGCAAUUUAAAGCAUUUUCCUUGGCAAGCUAACCAGGCACAUUUUAAGGCUUGGAGACAGGGUAGAACUGGUUACCCAUUGGUUGAUGCAGGAAUGAGAGAGAUUUGGGCAACGGGGUGGCUUCACAAUAAGAUCAGAGUUAUUACAGCGAGUUUUUUAGUCAAAUGUUUGUUGUUGCCAUGGCAAUGGGGUAUGAAGUAUUUUUGGGAUACGCUCUUGGACGCUGAUCUUGAAAGUGAUAUUCUUGGUUGGCAGUAUAUAUCAGGGAGCUUACCAGAUGGGCAUGAACUUCAUCGUCUCGAUAGCCCUGAGGUACAGGGGUUCAAGUUUGACCCAGAGGGUGAAUAUGUUCGGCAGUGGUUACCUGAGCUAUCAAGAAUGCCUACAGAAUGGAUCCACCAUCCAUGGAAUGCACCUCUUCCAGUGCUCCAAGCCGCAGGAGUUGAGUUGGGUUUAAACUAUCCAGAACCUAUAAUCGAUAUUGAAAUUGCAAGAGACCGUUUGACAAGUGCCAUACUACUUAUGAAAGAAAAAGAAUCUGCUUCAAAGCAAGACAACUGUGAAGGAACAAAUGAAGUCGUGGUUGAUAAUUGCGAUCCUGAAAACUUGCCCAUUCCUAGAGUAUUUCUCAAAAGAGAAAGGGCACCAUGUCCUUCAACAUCCUCUAAUGAUCAAAAGGUCCCUUCAAUGCAUAAGGACAUUUCAGUCAUACCAAAUAAUAAUGAGAGAAAAAGAUCCAUGCCUUUAGAGGAGCAAGAACACGAUGAAUAUAACUUGCAUGAUUACAAGAGUGAAAGUGAGUUAUCGAAAACAGAUGAUGAUUUGUGUUCAACUGCCGUUUCUUCUUCUGCUAGUAAGAAACAAGCCACAGGAACAAGUACUUUCUGUUCACCGUUUCUGAUAAAGUAACACAAGGUAGUAGUUCUGUACUGGUCUGUUAUAUAUUCGCUUGUUUUUGAUAGUUGAUGCUUAAGUUUUGAAGCUGAAAUUUUGAGUGCUUGUUUCAAAAUGAUAUCUAUAAUACAUGAAGUCAUCUGUCUGGUUUAUUUCUAGUA